GAGAGAGAGAGAGAGAGGGAAAGAAAAUGUAUACAGUAUAUCAUUACUCGGACAUCUUAAACUGGCAUAUUUUCAGAACAAGAGUUGUCAGUGAGCCACCAGUAGUUUAAUGUGACAGUGGUAGUAUUGGAGAUGAUGGUGGAGGUGUCAGUUGCAGUGAAGACGUGCAUUGCAAGAGGAGAGGCUAGAAAUAUUGAGAAGAGUGUUUGUAUGUGAACAUUAAUGUAAACGGAGCUGUAGAAAGGGAAGGAAACAAAGGAAAGAAUGAUACAGAAAGACAAGAAAAAUUAAAUAAGUCACUAGAUAUAUUCGCCGGAAUUGUAACCAGUUCGGGAAUAACCACUGCAUAUCUUUUCUUGAAGUGGUGGAUUGGAUGUGACAGUGAUGGAGAUAUUGAAACACACAAGACUUCUGACAGUCUUUCUGGUAACGUGUUUUUGCUUGAAACAAGUGCUUGCCUCACGGAAUAUAACAGGACGCUGCUGCGGAGUGACUAGCAAAGCAAGUAGCAGCGAUAACAGUGGAAGGGAUUGUCCCGGGGCGGCCUUGGGAACAUUUCAACCACCUGUCAUCAACAUGCAACAUGAUGAGGCGAUGAACAUUUCGUGGAAGACUCACACCCUGCAGUGCCCUCCCGCAUACGAUGUCGUCUACCACAAUAUAAGUGACGAUAUAAAUGUGCUACUUCUUUCUCAAGACGGGAUGUUUUUGGAGUUUGAAUACUUAAGUGGUUUCCUCAGGUCCACGCGGGAAUACUGUGUAGAGAAGCGCGACGGAAACUACCUAGCAGCGAUCUGCCAGCGGAACUCUGAGAAGCUGAAGUGUGGCAGUGGAGUCUGUAUACCAAAGUGCUGUGGUGAGGGUGAGAUCCUUGAAGACAUUACUUGUAAAAGAGGAACCUGGAACAUGUCCAUACAGUUCUAUGGCAUCUAUGGGCAGCCUGUCACAGCCCCAAGUGACAUGGUCAUGUUAGGGGACAUGGUGCCUGACUGUGGUGGUGUUAAGUUUCAAGGAUAUAAGAAUGGUAUGCUGUAUCAUCUGCUUGUGAAUGGGGAGCUGCUGAUACCUGAAUCUGGAUUAACUUUUGGAAUGGACCAGUACUGUAUGGAGGAUAGGUAUCAAAAUGGAAAACAUUUACCACUCUUCCUGAUAUGUCAAGGUGGGAACACGGUGAUGAAAGUCAAGAACAGACUGCAGAUUUUUGGCGAUAUGGUGACUAUAAUAUUCCUGACAGUCACCACAGUUUUCCACAUCUUGAUACCAAGCCUGCGGGACACCCAAGACCUGUGUUUCAUCUCUCACAUAGUGGCUAUGGGUGUGGCAUACAUCUUCCUGCUCAUCUUCUCCUUGUCAUUGCAUGCCAUUUCAAAGGGAUUCUGUAUUGUUGGUGGUAUUAUUUUUAAUUACUCGUUUCUGGCAAUGUUUUUCUGGCUGAACAUCAUGUGCUUUGAUAUCUGGAGGGUCAUUAGGCAGACAACAAGGGGGAUUCCAUUGAUUGGGAUCCUGAGCAAUGGUACCAAGAAAUUCCGACUAUACUGCUUGUUUGGCUGGGGCGUUCCUCUGGUGGUGACAGCAGUGGCUAGCAUAAUAUACUUACUGCCCGAGGAACACACCAAGAACCUCACAGUUCCAAGAUUUGGGCGAGAUAUAUGCUGGCUGACUGGGGAAAUGGAACUCCUGGUGUACUGCUAUAGUUUUGUUGGUGCACUCUUUAUUUUGGAUCUGAUCCUCAUUGGCCACACAAUGGUUAUGCUGUUUCAAGCUGGAAAUGCAUUUAUGUACUUCUCAAAGCAAGUUUCUGGGAAUGCCUUCAACCGAAAGUAUAUUGAAGCUUUCUGGCAGCGCUUUAGCCUGUUUGUGUUGAUGGUGCUCUGCUGGACCACAGACCUUCUCUCAUGGAAGAUUCCUCCAAAAGAAAUAUGGCUUGUAACUGACAUCAUCAACUCUUUACAAGGAUUCCUCGUUUUCAUCAUCUUCAUCAGCAAUGCAAAGAGGCGUGGCAUGGUCAGAGAUUUAUUCAAGAAAGCUCCAUUGCCUUGCUUCAAAGCUACUCCACUCACAAGCAAUUAAGUAAUCAUGACCAGUGUACAAUCCUCUUCUGGUUCAAUGUUAAAGUCAAGUACUGAUGGAGCUGAAGUAAUGCAGGAUUCAGAAUCACCCAGUAAAACUGACAGCUGUGAAGGCAAGUUAGAUGCAUGUACAGCUGCUCCAUGAAGUGAUGUCACAAAGUCUGGUGAAUCUGAUGUCUGAGAGAUGAGUAUGCACUGUACAUGGGGAGGAGGAAGCUAGAGAUGGAUCCAUCAGGCAGGAGGAAGACACACAACACUGGUACAUUGUAGGAAUCAAUUCUUAAUCAAAUUCAUAAGGUAGACAAUGAGCAGUGAAGGAAAACCUAUGACAUUAAUAAGAAUGCUACAACUAAGAACAUUUUCUAGGUCUUUGGGGGAAGUCUUAACCAACUCAUCAAAAUCUUACUCUAGAUCAUAGUUAAUAACAGAAU